AAUAAUACUUUGGGACAAUUUAUUUUUCUCACCCUUUUUUUCUCAUUUAUUUAUUCAAAUUAUAAAAUAGUGCUCUGCUAUUUUCAAAGCAAAACCUCCCGCCUCCACUCCGCCGGACUGCCACCUCCGCCGUGUCUUCCGCCACCAAUUUCAAGAACUUAUUGGGAACACUUAUUCCUUAUAUCAACCUCUUUUAAUCAGUCAAUCAACUAUAGCUCAAUUCAGAACUAGUCAGGUAUGUGGUGUUGGACUUAUUAAGCUUGAUGUAGUUAUACCAUUUUAUGGCAAUACUCCUCUUUUAUCCGGGUGUUGAUUAGCUACACAUACAGGUCCCUAUUAGACUGCCAAAUUGUUACAUGGUGAUGUGAAAAUGUCCUUACAACUCUAUCUGAAGUCUGAACUAAUAUGUGUGUUUGAUCACAGCAGUUGGAAAAAAUAUAAUUUAUGUUUCUUAUGUAGGGGUAAGGUAUGCGUAUACUCUAUCCUCCCCAGCCUCAUUUUGUGGGACUACAAUGGAAUGGCUGCUGCCAAUGGCUCAAGUGACUUGUCUUCAGAGAUGGAGGUGGAUGCAUUUAGACGUCUUUUUCCUUUGCGCUAUCAUGAACAUCAUCUUCUUAAAUCUGUCCGACCUGAUGCCCGAAAGCUUGGAAGUGCUAGAGAUACAACACUUGCUCUUGGUGCUGUUGCAUCUGCUGAUGGAUCCGCACUGGCAAAGAUUGGCUCCACUACGAUGCUGGCUGCCAUCAAAAUGGAAGUCAUGACACCAACAGUGGAAUGUCCAGAUGAGGGAUCCAUGGCUAUCGAAUUCCACAUGCCUCCUAUUUGUUCUCCCCUGGUUCGGCCUGGUAGGCCUGCGGAGUCGGCAUCUGUAAUUUCAAAGCAGCUGUCAGACACUAUCUUGAGUUCUGGCAUGAUUGACUUAAAAGAGUUGUGCUUGGUUGGAGGAAAAGCUGCUUGGAUGGCCUACCUGGAUAUAUACUGUUUGGAUGCUGACGGUGCCCUGUUUGAUACUGCAUUACUAUCUGCAGUUGCUGCCUUUUCGCAUUUGAACAUUCCAGUGGUGUCUUUGAAUGAUGAUGGGCGAAUAGUCCUUGUUUCUGAGGACACUGUCCGAUUGAAAUUGGAGAAGGAACCUGUGAAUACAGAGAAAAGAAAACUCAAAAUGAACUCUCUACCAUUCUCCUUAACAUGCAUACUUCACAAGAACUACAUCCUCGCAGAUCCUACAGCAGAGGAAGAAUCUAUAAUGGAAACAAUUGUAACCGUGGUAUUGGAUUCGUCUUACCAGCUUGUUUCACUUAAUAAACCAGGUGGACCAGUACUUUCCCAUACAUCAGUUAUCCAGGAUUGCGUUGCACUGGCAAGACGCAGAGUGAAGGAGCUUCAGAGUGUCUUGAAUGAAGCUAUUUCUGAUAUGGAGGUAGACUGAAGGAGAUUUCCCUUGCACCCCAUAGCAUUCAACAGGCACCUAAUUUUGUCUUUUGGAUUAUCUGAACUUACUGAAAAAUGUAUAUGGCUGCAAGUUCAAUUUUGGUUAGCCAUUUCUCAGUUGGAAAUGCAUACCAUUUCUAUAACAUGAUAGCUUCUCUUUUAAAAAAAUCAAGUUGGCCUCAACCUCAUCUUGCUAUUCUAUUGUCGUUAUUUUCUUGUUUGUCUUGUCUUCAUUGCACUUCUUUUGAGCCAAACGUCUAUCAGAAACAACCUCACCCUUUCCAGAUCCCACUUAUGGAAUUAUUUGGGAUGUAUUAUUAUUGUAGGUUGGCCUCAAGUGUGAUGACUAUACUAUUCAUUCCAGCUGA